CAGAUCUUUCCAUUUUGACUGGGACACCAAGCCUUACGUCACAACCCGGAAACCUCGCUUGCUCUUCCGAAACAACAUAUUUUUCUUCUCUCCCUCUAGCAAUGAACCAAGUUGAAUGCAUCGAUCGCCGCGCGAUCAACGGCAACAAUAGUCUUGAACGGUGCAAACUCACGGAAAUCCUUGAUCGGGUGCUGAGGAUGGUGCACCCAGAAAACGACCCAACAGAAAGCGCGCCGUUGCGCUCUUUCUGCCACGCAGAACAGCAACCGAGAGCUUGUCCUCUGUGCCAAAACUGCACCGGGGGGCAGAGAUUUUGCGAUGCAUCGAGCAACCCGUGCGGUGCGAAUCCCCAACCCCAUCGCUCAAACGGCCACGAUGGCAGAGACCCCGGCAACGGCACCGAGAGGGAGAGACCGCCGGUUUCUGCCCGAAAGGUGCGAUUCUGCCACCGCGUAGAAAUACUGACCCGCCAAUCGGAAUCGGUCACCAUCGAUAGCGAACGCCUCAAGCCACCCAUGGCGACGGUCAAAAGCAACCUCGAGAUCGUCCUCCCGAACACAACAAGGGAAAAUCCCGAAGGCGCCGCGAUAGACCGGCUGUUUCGUCCACCCGCCGUGGCCCGCGGCAGGAUCUCAGCGGGAGCGGGCCACAACCGCUGGGCCYCGGAGGAASGGAAUCCACMCAUCGACCACGUCCCGUCCAUGCCGYCGCGAAGGGGACGGAACGGCCGCCGCAAGAUCGGAAAGGAUGCCGSCACCGGCACGCGCACAAACCGACGCCGUUAAGGAUCGCCGCGACCGCACCCGGAUCCAAUGCUCUCGAAUCCUAGUUCCACGAUUGCAGCUUUUGAAGACAUUUUUCUCCACCAUUCACAAAGCACAGAUGCAUCACGAAUUGCAAUGUAACUAAUUACAC